AUGGGAGCAAUUGAGCGGUUCUUGCCAUUUUUUGGUAAGACUAUUAACGGCUGCAAGUUUCUCGUUGGUGAUAACUGCGCAGUCAACAAACGGCUUGCAAAUCUGAUGAAUGUGCCGCUAGUUGGCUGCGCAAGCCAUCGUCUGAAUCUCGCUGUUCGAGAGUUUCUUGUUCCUUUUGAAACUGCGCUUGAUCAAGUUCAGCAGCUUAUGCGGAAGCUUCGUACGUUAAACCAAGCUGCAAAACUGAGGAUGAAGACACCCUUGAUGCCAAUUCUGCGUCAGGAUACACGCUGGUCCUCGACGUUCUCCAUGCUUGAACGCUACAUUCGCCUGCGUGAAUUCCUUUCUGCUGACGAUGACGACAUGGCGGAUCUGCUACCGUCAAGAGCAGAUCAUCGUAAGCUGGAGGAUCUCUUGUCGAAGUUGCGGUGCAUCGAAUCGAUUUCCAAGAAAUUACAGGGGGACGAGUUAACCCUGCUCGAUGCACGCGCUUUGUUUGACGGCCUGUUCGAAUUGAGGCCCUCAAUGACCACCUAUCUUUCGCCUGAUGCCGAAAUUGUGCACUCGCCUGUGUUUGAAGCAGCGGUUGUCAAGGUGCUGGCAGGUGAUGCCGGCUUGUUGACGAACGAAUAAGCCAGAGCUUUGGAACCAUUUCGUGUGCCAGCGGAGGUUUUGAGCACCGCGGAAUUGACGAGUUCUACCGCAAAGGAAGGGUUUGCUGAUCAAAUCCUAAAACGACGCAAUUUUGUUGCCAAUCCAUCGACCUAGAUGCUCAUAUCAGCUAUCCCACCUACGUCGAAUCGAGUAGAGAGGCUUUUCAGUAUCGCUCCUGCCGUGGUUCCACAUGAGCGACACAGGUUGUUGCCUAUGACUCUCGAAAUGAUUCUCUUUCUGAAGGUUAAUGGAGGCUUCUGGGAUGUGGCGACAGUGGAUGCGUGUCUAGAGAAGUAGAAGGCUAGCACGCUUGGCAUGCAAUAAUUUACUGUCUCACCAC